AUGAGUGCAGAAGCGGUUUUCUCUCUUCAACACCAGUCCACCAGCGUUGACCACUGGGGGAAGGUCCCUGUGGAGCACUUGGACUAUGAUUACAUUGAAAAAUGCAAAGAUGUGAAAUACCUGGAGAAGAUCUUGAAAGUACUGAGGUCUGGUGAGGAGGGUGUGUAUCCGCACCUGAUCAAGUUCUGUGAGAGUCACUUGGAGAAACUAAACCCUAAAAGCCCAGCCCUCAGGAAGGAAAACCUUGUAGCAACAGCAGCCAGCUUCUCUAAAGAUGAGUGGAGCCAAAUUAUGGAUGAGUUGAAGACAUGGCAAGAGGAAACCAAAAAGACUGAAACUUCACUAAAACAGCAGUCAAUGUUUGAUGAGCUAGCCGCUGAAAAUAUGCCACCUAUAAGGGGUUCCAAUGGCUCCAUUCCACUGAGUCAGAGGUCCAAUGCAAAAGGAAAGGGGAAUUCUUCAAAAUGCACUCUCCCACGUGAUUAUCAAGAAUGGGACAAGUUUCAUGUGGAAAGAGAAUGUGAACUGAUUGAUGAGAACGUGGGAAAACAUUAUCCACCAGCCACUACAAUCACAGGACAUCCUAAAAUCAAGACAAAAGUGGAUGUUUCAUUGCUGACACAACAGGAGAAGCUCUUCCUGGCAAAUCGUGAAAAGGACAAAGGCAAUGAAGCUUUCAGAGCAAACGAUUAUGAGGAGGCAGUUGCAUACUAUUCCAGGAGCCUUUCCAUUGCACCAACUGUGGCUGCAUACAACAACAGAGCCCAGGCAGAGAUCAAUCUCAAGCACUGGCACAAAGCCAUGACAGACUGCCAGAGUGUACUCGAGCUGGAACCAGGCAAUGUGAAAGCCCUACUACGUCGUGCCACUGUGCACAAGCACAUGAGCAACUUCCAGCUGGCUGUUGAAGACCUGAGGGUGGUGCUUAUGGAAGAGCCACACAAUGCUGCAGCCAAACAACUUCUGUCUGAAACUGAGAAGCUGAUGGAAAGUCAACCAGAGCAGAAAAGCAAAGGCAAAAAAAUCCUCAUCCAAGAAGUUGAAGAUGAAGAUGACAAUAGUAACGAGACAAAAGUAGAAGAACGCACUUGUCUGGUUGAACCAAGCCAGCCUGUGGGAGGGGAGGAGAACUCAGCUGCUCUUGUGGAAAGGGGAGAUAUGGGUAACGCUCAAAAAAAGCCCCACGGCAGAGGGGACGGGGGUCCACACAGUGAGUCCAACAACUCUUACCCAGGACACUGGAGGAGCAAAGGAGGCAGCUCAGACAAGUACAAAGUCACACAGGAGUCUAAGGAAAAGGUAUCCAAUGGAACAAGCAAGAGGGGCUCGACAGCUUCAGUUCAGGCUGAUCAGAGCGGCAGCGGCAAGGGAACUCCGGUUGGAGGAACUGCAGGGGAAACUAUCAACCUUGAUGCCCCAUGUGGAGCCCUGCCCCCACCUCUGGCCCGGCUAAAAAAUGAAGGAAACCUGCUGUUUAAAAAUGGACAGUUUGGCGAUGCACUGGAGAAAUACUCACAAGCCAUUCAAGGAUAUACUGAGUCAGGGAUUGAUAGUCCAGAGGAUCUAUGUAUUCUGUAUUCCAACAGAGCAGCUUGCUACCUGAAGGAUGGCAACAGUCAAGACUGCAUACAGGACUGCACGAGAGCUCUGGAGCUGCAGCCAUUCUCCCUAAAGCCCCUCCUGCGCCGGGCCAUGGCUUAUGAGUCCCUGGAGCGCUACCGAAAGGCCUACGUGGAUUACAAAACCGUCCUGCAGAUAGACAUCAGUGUGCAGGCAGCACACGACAGCGUCAACAGGAUCACCAGGCUACUGAUUGAUCAGGACGGUCCAGAGUGGAGAGAGAAACUCCCAGAUAUUCCCCUGGUGCCUCUGUCAGCUCAGCAGCACCGCAGAGAGGAGCCACCCAGUGCAGAGGUUCUCCAGGCCCGAGCAGAGAAGGCCGCCAGGGACGCAGAAAGGAAAGCAGAAGUUCGUUUUACAGCUUUUAAGCAAGAAGGCAACGACUUUGUGAAGAAGGGCCAGUACCAGGAUGCACUGGGAAAGUACACUGAAUGCCUUAAGCUAAAGCCAGAGGAGUGCGCUAUCUACACCAACAGAGCCCUCUGCUACUUGAAGCUGGAGAGGUUUACUGAGGCCAAGCAGGACUGUGAUGCAGCUCUGAAACUGGAGCCAACCAAUAAGAAAGCCUUCUACAGACGAGCUCUGGCCAAUAAAGGCCUCAAGGAUUACCUGGCGUGCAGCUCUGACCUGCAGGAGGUGCUGCAACAGGAUCCCAACGUGCAGGAGGCUGAGAAGGAGCUAGAGGAGGUCACGGUGCUGCUCAGACAGAGUCUGGCCAAGUCCUCACCAGCCAAGCCCCGGAAGACUGUCCCCAUCACAGAGGUCGAAGGUGAUGAGGAAACGACAGCCGUCCCUAACUCAGAGGGCACCUGCAAAGGAGAGGACAUCGCCAUCAACCUCAAGCCAACCAAUGUCUACGAGUUCGGCCAGGCCCUGAAUGCAGCUCGCUGCAGCGGAAACAUGGCGGCCUGCGCUGACCUGCUGGCCUCCACAGCCCCAGAGAUGCUUCCACAGUACCUGAGCACCCAGUUGGACGGACACACCAUCAGCUUCAUCAUGCAAGUGCUAGACUCCCACCUACUGGAGAAAGACCCCAACCUGGUCUACCAACACCUCAACCAUUUGCACACCGCUGACAGGUUCUCGACUGUGCUGAUGCUGCUGGAGAAGGACGAGCGUCGCCACAUGACUCAUCUGUUUGAGCAUCUGUCAGCUACGGAGAGCACAGAGUUCACCAAGAACGAUGUUCAGAACCUAGCCAACAAAUACAUCUGACCCCCCUCUGCCCCUGCUCCCUGUUGCAUGAGCUGCUGCACCACCACAACUCUUGGAUCUAUGCAAAACAUUGCACAAGAACUGAGUAAGCAAAGGCAGGAAGCUGUAGAAUAUGGCCCAGAGCAAUACAGCGGAACUGGGUUACAUUCACUAUACUGAUCUGUACUGUAAAUGAUCAUCGUUAUGUUUGAAUAACAGGAUGUGGAAUUUUUCUCUCUGGAACAUUUUGCUAUGCAGAUUUACCUUUGUACCACCACCAACAACUCGAGCUGUACAUCACACAGACAGCAGGAUACUAUGGACCUUUCAUUUUAGUGUAUUGAUAAGUAGUGUCCAAUGUACAAAGUUAUGAAAGACUACAGGCAGGUGUGUCCUCUUACAGGCUGUAACGUUUGCUCACUCAGCUGGUCGGGUCCUUGAACCCUGUCAGUGUUCUGAUGACAGCCCUUUGAUAAAUGAGCUGCCGUCAGACACGAGCCGAGAUCAGAAAUGAUAUUCGGUGCUUCCUGAAUAUUACAUAGCACAGGAACAAGUGAGGUCAUUUGCUACUGAGAUAAUUAAAGAUGAUCUUUGCAGCAGGACAGAACCAUAAGAUAAAGCAACUUUAACAGUUUUAUUAUGUCCAUAUGUACUGUAUUAUCUUUGAGGAACAAAUAAGCCUGCGGGAGAAAGGGUUGCUGUGUGGUAACAGUAUCUGCUGGACUGGGUGAGAAAAUACAGUUUGUAACCUUAUAUGACUCAGAUGCUCUUUUGUUUAUUCCGCUAUGCAAUUAGCAUAUCUGGGUUCUAAUGUAAGAUCACAUUUAAAAACCUGGUGUUUGUUUCUUUUCCAUGAGGAACGAUGAAGUCAUUCACUGUUUGUUUACCAAAUUAGCCUGCCAGGCAACGCACAUCUGCACAUUCAUCUUCACAGCAGUUCAGCCACGCAGACGUGUACACACGGGGGAGAAGCAGCAUCUUUAUGAGAUGUGUGCCUUGGAUUUCAGACUAUGGGCUGAUUUAGCUUCGGUGAGUGUACAGACAUUCCUACAGAGAGAGUAUAUUUAUGUCAUUCAGUAGCUUUUAUCAUAUUGUUAAAUUGCUUGGAUUCACAUCAUAAAUGAUACAUAUAUUCACUUAGCUACAUGCAUGUAAUUAUUUAAAAUGUGUCUUUUAUUUGCUAAUUUAAAGACAUUCUGUCCAUGUUAAGUAUUUAAAUGAAUAUUCCAGUCAACCAAGACUGCCUGAAUCCAAACCAACGUUUUCUUUUUUUUUUUUUUUCAAAUGUUUUAUCAGCUCUACAUGAAUGUACCAAAUUUAGUUCAGGGUGACAAGUUGGUGGGUAAGAGGCAAUAAUUACACGUUCCAGUUUCUCCUGAUUGUGGUUUUAAAUUAUAUUUCAGCAGAUAUGUAAAAAUGUGUACAAUAUUAACAGAGGGCUAUUCAAUAAACUGGAGAAAAA